AACUCGAAACUGUUUGGCUCUCUCAAGUUCUGUUCUGGUAUCCAGCAAUGACCAACAAGGAAAGCCAAUAUCUAGCACUCUAUGAAGCAAAUUUGAUCCCUCUUCGUGUCUGUUUGGUUGGAUUCACAUGGGGGCUUCAUGACUAUUUUCUGACAAUUGAGGAUGAAGUACAUCACAUAUGGCCACAAAAACUCAACUUUGCAAAGUUCAUGUUUCUUUGGAUACGAUACUACACUCUGGCUAUUCUGCUAUUUGAUGUUAUUCAGAUACAUGUCUUCACACUCCCUGGCGUAACUUCGGACAAUGUCUGCGUAGCAAUGGACUCCAUUAUCAGGAUUGUCAGUGCCAUUAGUUUAUGGUCUGUGGAAAUCAUCAUGCAGUUGCGGGUCUAUGCUCUCUACAAUUGCUCAAAGAGGGUCGCCCUCCUCAAUGCCGUACUUUUUCUAGGCUCCAUUGCGGGGUUCAUGUUCAUUCUGGUGCAUAAUGCUCAACGACGCCGUGCUGUUAUUGCCAGUGCUAUUGCUCUACCCCUCCCAGGUUGCCCCUCUAUUCAUACCGGCAUAGAAUGGGCGCAAUGGGUUCCUGCAACAAUAUACGAGGGCAUACUGUUCGGGUACGCAUUGUGCAAGACAGUGCAGACUAAUGCAGCUCAACUGAGGAGAGGUGGUCAAAUCUCGUUGCGUUCUGUUCUUCUCCGUGACAACCUUGUGUACUUUUUUGGUAUUGCUUGUAUCUUGGUUUUCAACAAUUUGAUGGUGGUGGGCAUCACACAUAUUCCUUGGUUCAGCUAUGGUCCCUUCCAUGCUGCAGUCGGAAUGCUCACUACCCGUAUGAUGCUCAAUGUCCACAAAGCUGCUAACAAGACAACAUUUAUUUCUGGAUCAGAAGUGGAGCUCCCAGCAACAACAACUAAUCUUUUACCAAGUGCGGGAGGAGCCUCAGGUUGGAAUGUGGCUCAAAAUAGUCAGUUGUCAGGUGCAUCGUUACGAGCCUGAGGUCAUGAGCUCAGUGGCCUUUGCUUCGAGGCAAAUUGGUACUAUCAGUGAAAGUCCAAAAAAAUCUGAAGUGCUUUUGCGGUCAUGGCUCAUGUCUACGGAUGCCUAUAGUACUUAUACUACAC